AUGACGGAGCAUUGGUCGUGGCUGACGGGGUGCGGGGAGGCGGGCGAGUACACGUACAGUCCUCCGAGUAGACCCAGUAGACCUCCACACAGACCUCUGGUGAAGGUGGCCACCAGCGCUCAUCUACACACCAUCGCCAGGCCUUGGAUAAUGAGAAAAUGUACACCUGACACUACAACAAAGAAAAUGAUUGAGAAAUCACAUCCUACUGAAGAGCUCGCUGGGGAAAGACAGUGA